GUCGCUCCCCACUCCUUUCGCCUCCUCCUUCUCUCUUUUAACCUACAGAGAGAGAGAGAGGGAGAUAAACCGAAUCAAACAAAAAAACUCUCCGAUCUGAGAUAUCACAAUGGCAGUUUCAUCGCGCGAGGACUACGUAUACAUGGCGAAGCUCUCCGAGCAGGCCGAGAGGUACGAGGAGAUGGUCGAAUUCAUGGAGAAGCUCUCCGCCGCCGCAGACGGCGCCGAGCUCACCGUCGAGGAGCGCAACCUCCUCUCCGUCGCGUACAAAAACGUGAUCGGCGCCCGCCGCGCUUCGUGGCGGAUCAUCUCCUCGAUCGAGCAGAAGGAAGAGAGCCGCGGCAACGACGACCGCGUCAAGACGAUCGGCGACUACAAGGCGAAGAUCGAGUCGGAGCUAGCGGGAAUCUGCGAGGGGAUGCUGAAGCUGCUCGAGUCUGCGCUCGUCCCUUCCGCCGCUUCCGAGGAUUCCAAGGUUUUCUACCUCAAGAUGAAAGGCGAUUACUAUAGGUACUUGGCUGAGUUCAAGAUCGGUAAGGAGAGAGAUGAUGCCGCUGAUAACACUCUCUCCGCUUACGAAUCUGCUCAGGAGAAUGCGAAGGGGCUAGCUCCAACUCACCCGAUCCGUCUUGGUUUGGCAUUGAACUUCUCUGUGUUCUAUUACGAGAUCCUCAAUUCUCCGGAUCGUGCUUGUAACCUCGCUAAAACGGCUUUUGAUGCUGCCAUUGCUGAGUUAGACACGCUAGGGGAAGAGUCGUACAAGGAUAGCACUUUGAUCAUGCAGCUUCUACGUGACAACCUCACUCUCUGGACAUCCGACAUGCAGGAUGAAGCUGCAGAUGAGAUCAAGGAAGCAACGCCUCCAAAGCCAACAGAGGAGCAGAAAUGAUAUGAAUCUUUUGUUAGGGAUUGAAUGAAACCAUCUUUCUUCGUCAAUAGUUGUGUCUAAUCAAAGAGGUGUGUGUCCCUCUCUCUUUCUUUCCUUGGUGAAGUUACACUCUCCUUUUGUUUUUUACCCUUUUGGAUCGAUUUCGAUUUCGAUCAUGAAAGUUUCUUUUCAUGUGAUUUAGGAAAUAAAUAACAAUUUUUCAAGCAGAAUUAACGAUGUUUAUCAAAUC